UUAGCUAUAAAUACCACUCACUUGUCCACCACAGCUUCUCAUCCAUCACUCUAUCGACCACAAUGGCUAGCACCACAAAGUUCAGGGCUUUAGUACUUCUAGUUCUCAUUAGCAUUAGCUUGGGCCUCUCCUCAGCCGCAAGGUCCCUGAAAGGCAUUGGCGGCAGCGGAGGAGAAGGUCAUGGCGGCGGAGGUGGAGGAGGUGGUGGUGGAUUGGGAUCUGGAUCUGGUUAUGGAGAAGGUGGGGGGUAUGGUGAGGGAGGUGGACAUGGUGGAGCGGCUGGUGGUGGUUAUGGAAAGGGGGGUGGAGGUGGAGGCGGAGGUGGGGGUGAAGGUGGAGGUGGUGGUUUAGGGAAUGGGUCUGGGCUUGGGUACGGGUACGGGUCUGGGUCUGGGUUUGGGUCUGGAUUUGGAAAAGGUGAAGGGGGAGAAGGAGGAGGAGGAGGUUAUGGGAGUGGAGGUGGAGGUGGUGGUGGUGGGGGAUUAGGUGGCGGACAUGGAAGUGGGAGCGGGUACGGAUCAGGCUAUGGUUCUGGAUCUGGCUCAGGCGCAGGUGUGGCGCAUGGCGGAGGAUAUGGAAGUGGUGGCGGCGGCGAAGGUGGUGGUGGUGGGGGAUUGGGUGACGGGUCUGGUUAUGGAUCGGGUAGUGGAUCUGGAUAUGGGGGUGGUGUCGGAGGGCUCAACUAAGCACUGGACUACUUUAUAAUAGCAUUAAAGGGCUAAAUAAGAGCUGCAUGACCAAUACUUAGAUAUGUACUUUUGUGAAAUUGCACCCGUACUUAGUCAUGCGCUGUACUGUAAGAGAACAUAAUUUUGUGCACCGUCUUAUGAAGCAAAUCAACAUCAGCUUAUAUGAGAAAAGAAUCACUCUCUUUUCCCUUUGUUUUUUUCUUCAAAUUG